UAUACUUAUCUAUUCCAACAAUUCCAACUAUUUGAAAAGAAAAAAAAAACGACAGUAUAGGGGGAAUUUGGGCGAUUAUAAAAACCGAGUAGUGAAAUUUCGUGCAAAGUAGAAGCCAGGCUAAGGCAGCUGCGAAGGAAACAGAGGACCCAAAAAAAAUUAAAAUCAAGUCGUUGACCCUCACCACCCAAACCCAUUUCCAAGCUUUCUCCCAACAGCGGCCCCUACGCCGUUGCCCCUGCUCUCUCUCUUCCUUCUCGUGCUCUAUUAAAAAGCCAACGCACACUUAGCUCACGCCUACUAAUAACCUCCCCUCCCCCUUCUCCUCCUUCCUCCAGCACAAGAAACAAAAACCAGAGCCCUAUAUCAAGCUCUCCUCAUCACAAAACCCCAAAACAAAAACAGAGAGAAACAGAGCAUCAGAAAGACAGAGGCGUAAAAAUAAAAACGACCAUGGAUAAGGAAGGGGUGGUGGUGGUGUUAUGGCUGAUGUUGAAGCUGGCGGCGAUAUCGUUUCUAGCGGCAGUGUUCGUGCUGAAGAUUGUGGUUCUGCUGUGGUGGAAGCCCAGGAGAAUUGAGGACCAUUUCGCCAGGCAAGGCAUCCGAGGCCCGCCGUAUCGGUUCUUCAUUGGCAAUGUGAAGGAGCUGGUGGAGAUGAUGCUCAAGGCUUCUUCUCAGCCCAUGCCCACUUUCUCCCACAACAUCUUGCCUCGUGUCCUCUCCUUCUACCACCAUUGGAAGAAAAUCUAUGGCUCGACGUUUCUGGUGUGGUUCGGACCCACGGUCCGGCUGACCGUAUCGGACCCGGACCUGAUCCGCGAGAUCUUCACCUCCAAAUCCGAGUUCUACGAGAAGGUGGAAGCCCACCCGCUGGUCAAACAGCUCGAAGGCGACGGCCUCCUCAGCCUCAAGGGCGAGAAAUGGGCUCACCACCGCAAAAUCAUCACCCCGACUUUCCACAUGGAAAAUCUCAAGUUGCUGGUGCCGGUGGUGGCGGAGAGCGUCACCGGAAUGCUGGACAAGUGGACCCAGGCAAUGUCAAAAUCUGGCGAGGUCGAGGUCGAAGUCUCCGAGUGGUUCCAAACUCUGACGGAGGACGUCAUCACCCGAACCGCCUUCGGAAUCAGUUACGAAGACGGCAGGGCCAUUUUCCAGGUCCAGGGUCAGCAGAUGCUCCUCGCCGCCAAAUCGUUUCAGAAAGUUUUCAUCCCCGGCUACCGGUUUUUCCCGACGAGGACGAAUAUGAAUUCGUGGAAAUUCGACAAGGAAGUGCGUAAAUCGCUGACGAAGCUGAUCGACGUACGGCGGGAGUCGGCGGCGGCGGAAGGAGGGAAGUCGGCGGCGCCGGCGAAGGAUUUACUGGGGCUGAUGAUCGAGGCGUCAAAAACGUCCCCGAACAACGUGACGCCAAACGACAUCGUAGAGGAGUGCAAAAGCUUCUUCUUCGCCGGCAAACAUACCACAUCCAAUCUGCUGACGUGGACAACCGUCCUUCUCGCGAUGCAUCCACAGUGGCAGGUGCUGGCACGUGACGAGCUCCUCAGGGUGUGCGGAUCACGUGACAUUCCCUCCAAAGAUGACCUCAUCAAGCUCAAAACGCUGAGCAUGAUAUUGAACGAGUCAUUGCGACUGUAUCCUCCGACUAUCGCGACGAUCCGACGGACGAGAGUCGAUGUCGAGCUGGGAGGGUACAAGGUGCCACGCGGGACCGAGCUGCUGAUCCCGAUAUUGGCCCUGCACCACGAUCAGACGGUGUGGGGGAACGACGUGAACGAGUUCAAUCCGGGCCGGUUCGCGGAUGGUGUGGCCCGGGCCGCCAAGCACCCGGCAGCCUUCAUCCCGUUUGGGCUCGGGGUCCGCAGCUGCGUGGGCCAGAACCUGGCCAUCAUGCAGGCCAAGCUCACUCUCGCGAUCAUCAUCCAACGGUUCACGUUCAAGCUGGCGCCGACGUAUAAGCACGCGCCGACGGUCCUGAUGCUGCUGUAUCCUCAGUACGGUGCUCCCUUAAUCUUUGAGAAACUGGCCCCGUCGUCGACGUCAUCGGAAUCGGUAUCCAACGGUCUGGGUGUAUCGAUGUGAAAAGAAAGAAAAAAGAUUGAAAGAAAUUAUCCUUCGUUGGGAAAAGACAAAAGGAAAAUUACAGAAGGAUACCCCAAGUAAUAUGGUAUACAUUUGCUAACCCCUAAUGUUAAAAAAAAAAAAGGGAAAAUGGAGGCGGCUGUGGGUUUUUUUCUUCUCUCUUUUGAAAUUUCUUGGGGCCCUUUUUCUUAAUUUGGGUUUUGACUUUUGAGGGUGAAACCCUGAUUUAGAAAAUUGGGAUGAAGGUUGUUUGCCUUGCUUGUAAUUUUUUUCUUAUUUUUUGGGUUGAUUUGGGUUUAGGAUUAUUUUAGGGGGAAAUUAGCUAACAAGUAGGGUAGGAAAGGUUUUAAGUUCAAUCUCUCCAUCUGAAUUUCUCUUGUGAAUGUAAUGUGUAUAUGUUCAAGAAUCUCUCACAGUUUUGUAAUGUUGCCUAUUUGCCUAUUUCUCGAAAUAUUGUUGCAAUUUGUCUAAUU